AUGGAAUCACCACUUCAAAGAAGUGGAAGCACUCCAAUGCCAACGAUUUUGCUUAGUGUCAAAAGCAAAGUCCAGAUGACGGAUACUGACGUGUUAAGCGGUCUAAAAAUGGCACAUAAAGGAGCAAUCGUGCAUCGCAAUCUCUGGAGACUAGAUCUGCUGAGUCAGACCUAA